AUGAGACUGGAAAGGCUGCAACAGAACAUUGAAAAGCCAGCCCCUAUUCCAACGAAGAAAGAGACUCUGCGAGCUCCAAAAGCUCCUUUAGAGUUUGUGCGCAACGUUGUUGGAUCAUCAGCUGCCGCUGGUAGUGCUGAGUUUCACAUCUAUAGAAAUAAUCGUCGAAAAGAACAAAACCGCUUGGAUUACAUCGAUGCAGUGGCCAAGAAAGAAGAGUUGGAUGAAGCUUAUAGAGUGAAAGUUAAUGAACAACAAAUGAAAGAAGAUUCGAAAACUGCAAAAAAGCGAGCAAAGCGAUCGAGGCAGAAGGCUAAUGCGAAAAAGAGGAAGAUGGCAAAGAAAACGGAUGACUCUGACGACAGCAGCUCCUCUGAUGAUUCCGAUGACGACUCGGAUUCAGAAGCAGAAGAAGAUACCGAAAAGAAAGCAAGUACAGAAGAAGAUUCAGGAAAAAGAGACGAUGCAGAGGAAAGAACUUUCGAGAGAAGCUUCCACCCAAGAAGCUGGUGA